AUGGACAUUAGUAAAAACACUUUUGGAUUUGCAAUCUUCUUAACUACUUGUGCGCUUUUCGUUAUUGCUGACUACAGAAAUUCGCUGAGGAUAUGUAAAAUAGAGUGUAAGGUAACUCCAUUAGGUCGCCAGCGCAUUGUUAAUGAAACAUGCACAAUUAAAGCUUUGAGUCGGUAUCGAACUGCUAUAAAUAUUCAUGCCUUUCUGCUGGAACCAUUUCAGGAUGUUUUGAUAAAUAUGCAAAUUUUCAAAAAGAACAGCGUCACAUAUUUACCAUACCUUGUUAACGUAACAGUUGACAUUUGCAAAUUCCUGGGAGGCGAGAGUGUUGGUGCAGCUGGUUUCUAUACCCGAUUCAUGAUAGGCUGGGUUAAUAAGUAUUCAAAUAUAAAUCAUAGUUGCCCAUAUUUAGGCGAUCUUUGGUUUAAGAAUUUGGAACCAUUUGCUGAUAAGAUUCCAGUUUUUGCUCCCAUCGGCGAUUAUCGGUUAGACCUACGUUUCUACCAAAGUUCUCUUAAAAACUUAUUGGUAACAGUUCGUGGUUAUGGAACAAUUAAAUUGAAGCCCUACAUGGAAUGA